AUGGAGGACAAACGCAACAUCCCCAUCAUCGAGUGGGAACACCUGGACAAGAGGAAGUUCUACGUGUUUGGCAUCUGCAUGACCAUGAUGAUUCGCGUCAGCGUCUACCCUUUCACCCUCAUCCGCACGCGGCUGCAGGUGCAGAAGGGCAAGAGCCUCUACAACGGGACCUUUGAUGCCUUUGUGAAAAUCCUGAGGACAGAAGGGACUGCAGGGCUCUACAGAGGCUUCCUGGUGAAUACCUUCACCCUCAUCUCGGGCCAGUGCUACGUCACCACCUACGAGCUGACGCGCAAGUACGUGGCGCGCUACAACAACAACAACGCCGUCAAGUCCCUCGUGGCUGGGGGCUCGGCCUCCCUCGUGGCCCAGAGCAUCACUGUGCCCAUUGAUGUGGUCUCCCAGCACCUCAUGAUGCAGAGGAAAGGGGAGAGCAUGGGCAGGUUCAAGGUGCAGAGCCCAGAGGGCAAGAGGCUCUUGGUGUUUGGGCAAACCAAGGACAUCAUUGUGCAGAUCUUCAAGGCUGACGGUUUUCGUGGCUUCUACAGGGGUUAUGUGGCUUCUCUGCUGACUUACAUCCCCAACAGUGCUGUCUGGUGGCCCUUCUACCACUUCUAUGCUGAGCAACUUUCCAGCUUGACUCCUAAAGACUGUCCUCACCUCCUCCUCCAAGCCAUCUCGGGGCCACUGGCAGCAGGCACAGCUUCCACUCUCCCCAACCCCAUGGAUGUGGUCAGGGCUCGGGUCCAGGUGGAAGGCAAGAGCUCCAUCAUCCUGACCUUCAAGCAGCUGAUGGCAGAGGAAGGUCCCUGGGGGCUGACCAAGGGCCUCUCCGCUCGCAUCAUCUCGGCAACUCCUUCCACCAUCGUCAUCGUCGUGGGCUAUGAGACCCUCAAGAAGCUCAGUCUCCGCCCGGAGCUGGUGGACUCGAGGCAUUGGUAG